AGCCGGUUAGGGCCUACAGAUUGGAGCCCGCUGCGUGCUGGCCGCUUGCCAUGGCGACGCACGAGUUUGCGGGAUGGAUGGAGAGGCGCGGGCCGACGGUGGACUUCAAUUGGCAGAAGCGCUGGGUUGUGCUCCACGAGGGGAAGCUAGAAACCUUUGCGGACGAGGCUUGCGCCAAGCGCAAGGCCACGAUGGAGUUGCAGCCGCGGAGCACUGCAGUGCCCUUCAAGGACUCGAAGUGGCUGCAAUUGGUGCGGCGCGCAACGCCCCUGGAGAGGCGGCGCUCUACAGCCACCAGCGGCCCUUUGGCUUUGUGGUGGACUUGGAGCCACAGGCAGGCAAAGGCCGCCGGAUGGCCUACUUUGACCCGCUGCAUCAAGAAGGGCUUGACCAGUGGACACAGGCCAUCCAUCAGAGCGUGCGGCAAGUGGAGCAGCUUCUCAAAGAUGAAGCUGCCGCUGCUCGGCAGCUGGUUCGAGACCUAGUGUGGAGGUGCUGCGCAAGGCCUGGAUAUGUGGCGGACCGCCGCGUUGCCAGACACCUUUUGCGCGGCAUCUUCCGCAAGGUCUGUGAGGAGGAGGGGGUGAAGCAGGCACCCGGCAGCCAGGAGGAGCUCUCAGUCCUGCUGCCGAUGAUCGGCUCUGACCAGAAGAAGGCUGCUAAAGCAGUGAGGCGGAACAGCGCACUGCUGCAGCAUUUGCCACAGGAGUUCCGGGCUGAUCGUGAUGUGGUGAUGGCUGCAGUUGAAGGAGACCCGCUGGCCUUGGCACACGCGGACGCUUCCAUCAAGGCCGACAGGGACGUGGUCUUCGCAGCUGUCACCAAGGACGGCAUGGCGCUGGAACACACGAGUGCAGAACUGAAGGCAGACGUGGACAUUGUUCUGGCUGCCACUCUUCGGAGUCCCGAAGCCAUCCGCUUUGCCUCAGCGGAGAUCAAGGACCAGGAAGCCAUGACUGUUUUCUGAAGCCAUCCGCUGAGUCUUGAACUUGACAUGUGAACUUGACAUGUGCAAUAAAUGGCCCAAGCCCCAAUCGGCCAGUCAGCGUCCGGCCCACUUUAAGGCGCCGGCAGGCUCCUUUUAAGAAGGAAUCCUCGCUGAGCGCGGCGGUCGGUUGGAAGCCACCGCCCUGACCCGUGGGACCUGCUUCUGAGAAAGGCGGAG